GCCCUUACAAGGUUACGUUUGCAAAUCUAGGAGGAUAGUGUCUUUCAGUAUUGCUUGGACUUAGGCUUGCUUCGAAAGGAGAGGGAGGUAUCAUGACCUUAAAAAGCUAUAUUAGGUCAAUUGAUGGAUUUGUCCAUCGUUGUGGUAUAUGCUCCAAGCGUGUUAGCAUUAGAGAGGGAACUUUUUUUGCAAUGUCGCACCUCUCCUUGACGCAAAUUUUAUAUAUCUGCAACUACUGGGUAUUAAAACAGCCAGUGAGAGCAGCAGCUGCGGAGACGGAGAACAGCCUCGUCUCAACAGUUCAAUGGUACCAGUAUUGCAGAGAUAUUGAAUCCUGGAAAAUCGAGAAGAUCACUUCGUUGUUGGGUGGAGAAGACGUUAUCAUGCACUUGGAUGAAACUGUGAUGCUGAAAAAGAAAUACAACCGUGGUCGCCAGCGAGCGAAUAAUAUCUGGGUGAUAGGUUUAUACGAUACUUCCUUACGAAAGGGAUUCGUUGAAAGAAUAGGAGAUAGAAAGGCGACAACGUUAAUACCUAUUAUAACGAGACCCAUCAAACGGGGUUCAAUUAUACACACGGACGAGUGGAAAGGUUAUAAUUCGCCUUCAUCUUUGGGAUAUGGUCAUCACCGAGUGAACCAUUCAAACGAUUUUGUGGAUCCAGUUGCCGGAACUCAUACAAAUUCUAUUGAAGGAUUUUGGGGCCGGUUGAAAAAUCUGGUAAGGGCUAUAAAUGGAUCCCGGAAGGAUCUCAUUUAUAGUCAUUUAGAUGAAUAUAUAUAAACAUAUAUAUACAGAGUGUGGUGCGACUUUUCUAUUGACAGUCCGUUGCUGAAUUGGGAAAUGUUUCUGUCCCAUGUUCGUGAAAGAUACCCGUUGUAAUUGUUUUAUCCUAUUUUUUAUGCAUUUUUCUAUAAAUAUACAUUACCACUUAUCAUAAACGCCUCUUUCUUGUGAUUGGUCCGUUCAAGGUCGUUUGCUGAUUGGUUGUUACUGGUGUCUAAAGUUUAACUCCGCCGGAUUUCAUCAUGAGCUGACAGCAUUUGGAGAACCACUGGAAAACCUGGGAGGACUGGACAGCUGUUUCGUCCUAGUUUGUGACUCUGAGGAUAUAUAUAUAUAUAUCACCUGAGGUAAUGGUGUAGUCAGUGGUGAAAGUCUGGAGAUGUGAU